GAAACAUUUUACUCUAUUUGGAGUUGUGUAGUUUGCUGAUGAACGCAGUUUUUUCUCGCGUUCCAGGGCUUCCACCACAGCUCCUCGGCGCGUCCUAAGUGCGCGCACCAGGAUGGGUGCUCUCCCGACGCGAGGGGUGUUAUGGAUGCGCGUUUUGAUGUUUACUGGAAUAACAGGAGUGUGCGGUUUAAACGUCUGCACCUCCAGAGGUGCCAGCACAUGCAAGCAAUGUCUGGCUGUGCACCCCAGCUGUGCGUGGUGCUUCCAGGAGGACUUCGGCCAGGGGGCGGCCAGUUCGUCCCGCUGUGAUCUGAAGAGUAACCUGGCGGCGGCGGGCUGCGCCCUGUCCGCUCUGGAGUCUCCGGCCAGCAAACUGCAGGUGAUUGAGGACCGGCCCCUCAGCAACAAGGCAGCGGGGGCCACGCAAGACGUCACCCAGAUACAGCCCCAGAAGCUACAGAUCACCCUCAGGCCAGAUGAUGCAAAGCGCUUCACAGUGAAGGUGCGUCAAGUGGAGGACUACCCCGUUGAUCUCUACUACCUCAUGGAUCUCUCCUACUCCAUGAAUGACGAUCUCUUCCGCCUGAGGACGCUGGGAAAAGGCCUGGCCGAGGCCAUGAACCGCACCACCAGCAACCUCCGCAUGGGCUUUGGAGCUUUUGUGGACAAGCCGAUAUCGCCCUACAUGUACAUCUCCCCCAAACAGGCCGUGAAGAACCCCUGCUACAGCAUUAACACCACCUGCCUGCCGCAGUUUGGCUACAAACACGUCCUGACUCUGACGGAGGAGGUCGGCCGCUUCACCGAGGAAGUGAAGAAGCAGAUGGUGUCCAGGAACCGAGAUGCCCCGGAGGGAGGCUUUGAUGCCAUCAUCCAGGCUGCCGUGUGCAAGGAGGAGAUCGGCUGGCGCCCCGGUGCAUCCCACCUGCUGAUCUUCACCUCGGACGCUAAGACCCACAUGGCUCUGGAUGGUCGUCUGGCUGGAAUCGUGCGGCCCAACGACGGGAAGUGCCACCUCAACUCUGACAACAUGUACAGCAUGUCCACCACCAUGGAUUACCCGUCUUUGGCUCUGAUCACAGAAAAGACGUCGGAGAACAACAUCAAUCUGAUCUUUGCCGUCACCAACCCUGUGGUUCCUCUUUACCAGAACUACAGUGAGCUGAUUCCCGGAACCACAGUUGGAACCCUGUCCAACGACUCGGGGAACGUUAUCCAGCUCAUACUGAAGGCCUACGCUAAAAUCCGUUCCAAGGUGGAGCUGGAGCUGCAAGGCGUCCCGGAGGAGCUGUCCCUGUCCUUCAACGCCACCUGUCUGAAUGGCGAGGUCAUCCCUGGCCUCAAGUCCUGCUCCGGGCUCAAGAUCGGAGACACGGUGUCCUUCAGCGUGGAGGCCCGGGCUCGGGGUUGCCCCAAAGAGAAGAAGAAAUCCUUCAUCAUCAAGCCGGUGGGCUUCAAGGAUUCCCUCUCCAUCACCGUCGACUUCGAGUGCGACUGCAAGUGCCAGGCCGAGGCCCAGCCCGACAGCCCCGCCUGUAACCACGGCAACGGCACCUACGAGUGUGGCAUCUGCCUGUGCCACCCGGGUCGCCUGGGGCCCCACUGCGAGUGCGCGGAGGGUGACUACGACCCCACGGAGCAGGACCGCUGCAGCGGACCCGCCGGCUCCGGGGGGCCUCAGUCGGCCAUCUGCAGCGGGCGCGGCGACUGCGUGUGCGGCCAGUGCGUGUGCCACGGCAGUGAUUUUGGAAAAGUCUGGGGGAAGCUGUGUGAGUGCGACGACUUCAACUGCCUGCGCUACAAGGGGGAGCUGUGCUCAGGCCACGGCGUCUGUAACUGCGGCUUCUGCCAGUGUGCGCCGGACUGGCAGGGUGACAACUGUAACUGCUCCAGACGCACCGACACCUGCAUGUCCCACCUGGGCUUGUUGUGCAGUGGCAGGGGCCAGUGUGCGUGCGGGGCCUGCGAGUGCACCCAGCCGGGUGCCUACGGAGCCACGUGCGACAAGUGCCCCACCUGUCCGGACGCCUGCACCAUGAAGAAGGAGUGUGUGGAGUGCAAACAUUUCAAGAGGGGGACACUUUUUGAUGGCAACACUUGUUCUCGGAUCUGCAAGGAUGAGAUUGUGCUUGUGGAUAAAAUAGUGCUCCAUGAUACUAAUGCUGUGAACUGCACGUACAAAGACGAGGACGAUUGCGUGGAGCGUUUCCAGUAUUAUGAAGACACCAGCGGCAAGUCGAUCUUGUUCGUGGUCAAAGAGCCCGACUGCCCCAAAGGUCCAGAUAUUUUAGUGUUGCUGCUGUCGGUGGCAGGGGCCAUCUUGUUCCUCGGCUUAGCGGCUCUGCUCAUCUGGAAACUUCUGGUCACCAUCCACGACAGACGGGAAUUCGCAAAAUUUGAGGAAGAACGCGCUCGAGCCAAGUGGGACACGGGACACAAUCCUCUCUACAAAGGUGCCACAUCUACCUUCACAAACAUCACAUACAGAGGAAAAGAGUGAUGCUACUGAACAGAAAAGAGGAUGAAUAAUAAAGGACCUUUUUCCUUUUGGAAAGGCACCGAAUCAUGUGCAGGCCUCUACUGUCACAAGACAAUCAUUAAUAAUUAUUUGUUUGUAAAUAUGUGGAAAUGAUUCUGAGGACAAAUUUGAUCAGGGAUUUGUCAUAUGCACCCAUUUAUACUACAAUGAUAAAUGAGAUAUUGAUUUUGUACCUCUUGUGCAGGUUUACUCAAAUCACAAACAAAAAAGCCCACUUACAUGAGUACGCCACCAGUCAUCAGUCGUUUUUAUUUUAUUUGCCCAUAUAAUUAUACAUAUUGAAGCUCCAAAGUCCGGAAGUGUUAUUUAUUCUGGAUAUCUGUAGUUCACUCUGAAUAUCUGGUACAGAGAAAGGUAAGAAACACUGCUAUCCACAUGACUGCAUACCACUGGAGCUUAGUGGGAAAAUACAUUUAAACAAGUGAUGUUGGCGACCUGAUCCUUAAGUCAGUGGAAGAACAAAAGGUGAAAUAAUGUUACGCAAAACCAUCUGUAUUUCCUGUUAACAAUGGAAACAGGAUGUCCCGUUUGUGGUACAUGGCUAAACUAUGGAAACAUUAAAUGUCUUCAAUCAAGUGCCUUGCUAGAGAUAUGCUGGGGUUUGGAAUAAACUAUUAAUUUACUACAA